AAUCAACACCAAUCAAAUCUCGAUGUCACCUCGGGAAACGAGUCAUGAUCACGACCAUUGAAAUGUCAAGAACUCACUACCCCGACCGCGAGAAUUCCACGCAUCCAACAGCGGCUGCCGGCGACAAUUCCACCGCUUACGUAACGGCUGACAGCACCCAUUACCUCCGCCCCAAGAAACCGAACCAAAAUCUUGACUUUUAGCAUUAUACUAAUAUAUGUUCUUCCCAAUAUUUAAAUUAAACCGCUCCAAUCGAAACAGGCACGAAAUUGCAAGAACAGAGCAAUGGCAGAACAGGUUCAAGUGUUCGGUUUCUGGGAAAGUGCCUUCAGUCGCAGAGUGGAGCUAGCUCUCAAACUCAAAGGCAUCGAAUACCAAUACUUCGAGGAAGAUUUGCCUCACAACAAGAGCCAUUUGCUUCUCCAAUACAAUCCAAUUCACAAAAAGGUCCCUGUUCUUGUCCACAAUGGAAAACCCAUUUCAGAGUCUCUUGUAAUCCUCGAGUACAUCGAUGAAAAUUGGACAACAAACCCAUUAUUGCCUCAACAUCCCCAUGACAGAGCUGUUGCUAGAUUCUGGGCUAAGUUCAUCGAUGACAAGGUUGUGGUGGCGGUAGUGAAGGCUGCUGGAAGCAAAGGAGAAGAGAGAGAGAAGGCUGUGGAGGAGGCAGGGGAGGCAUUGGGAGCGCUUGAGAAAGAGCUUGGAAGCAGGAUGUUGUUUGGAGGGGAGAGGGUUGGGUUUGUGGAUGUUGUUGGGAGUGUGAUAGUGGGAUGGGUUCCUGCCAUUGAAGAAUGCUUUGGAUUUGAGGUGCUGAGAAGUGAUAAGUUCCCUAAUUUGAUGAAAUGGAGUGAAGAGGUUGCUAAGCAUGGCGUGGUGAAGGAGAUUCUGCCUCCUAAACAUGAGAUUGUUGCAUUUAUGGAAGCUAAUUGGAAAUUUUGAAACUAAAUGUUACUCCUUCUUUAUAUUAGUAAUAAAUUCGAUGAAUCGAAUGUUAGUAGUCCUUCAGAAACGAAGUUGUUACCUCUUAUACCAAUUGUUAGAAUCGCUCAAUAACACACACACU